AUGUCGGUGCCACUAGUCUUCAGGGGCCGAGAGGUUGCAAUGACCCAGAACGAGCUUGCCGCCUCCUCGGCUGCAGCCAAAGCGAACGGCGCCGAGAAUCAGGACGAAGAUGACCUGAUCCCGAAGAUCGAGUCCGACUUGGUCGAGCCUGUUGGUGCCUCCGAGAAGUCGGCCAGCAGAAAGCGCCAGUCCAGCCAACCCGCCACCAGCAAAGCUAGCAAGAGACGUAAGUUGCUUGAAGGCCAAAAGCCUCUGGAUGGGUCUGCUCAGAGUGUCCGAGCCUCGAUCGAGAACAGAGCCGCGCCUGCUGCGAAGAAAGGACUUCAUCUGGAUGCUUCCGACUCUGAUGAGGAAGACGGUCCCGACGAUCACGGUCCUAGUGAUACUGAGAGAGACGAUGCUUCCCCUCCGCCGGUGCAAGCUCCUAAAAGGCGCGGUCGUCCCAGAAAGACUACCAACGCUGUCUCGAUCAAGUCCAAGAAACCUACUGGUAAACCGAUUCCCGCUGGACCAGUCACCAAAGGUAAGUCUAAGAGUGGAUUCACUUGCGUUCUGGUGGUCUUCACCUACUUUUACCCGUUUUAA